CCGGCCGGCCACUGGCUUCGUGGCGAGGCGGGCCGUGGUAAAACGCCGCUCGGCGGCCGCGGCGAGAACUAGGGGUGUGGCGAACGGCCACGGCAGGGCGCACUCGCCGCGAAAGAAGCGGACGGUGGGCGAUUUGAGCAUCAACAUGAAGGAGCCGUUCGGCGUGUCACCCACCAAGACCCGCGGUCGACUCAGGUCUGUGACGGAGGAGGAGCCGGCCGGACCGGCGCGGCGCACCUCCCGCGAGCGGCCCGUUAAUGGCGGGGCUGCGCUCGGUCCCGCUGCCGCCUCCGCCGCCGCCGCCGCCGUCGAUGAGGGCGACGCGAUGCUGACCUCGUCGCCGCCGCCGCUCGACAUUCCGGACGGUGUGUCGCACGCGGACGGAGAGGCCAAGUGGCGCUGCUGGAACGAUGACGGCGCCAAGAAGAGCUGGCAGGCGGCCGGUGGCGAGGGCCCGCCGCCGCCUCCGCCGCCGCCGCCGCCGGCGCCGGUGUCGCCGCUGCCGUCGGCUGACGUGCCGGCCCCAUCCGCCAGCGGACCCGCUCCUCGCGACCACCGCCGCCGUCGUCGUCACUGCCCCGCCCGCGUGGGCGGCGCCGACCCGCACGCCUUGCGCGUGGUGAACUCGCAGGGUGACCUGGAGGCGCCGGCGGCGCGGCGCCGGCCGCCCGUCUCCUGCGACCUGGAGGCGAUCCCCGGCCAGCCGCGCGUCGGCUUCUCCAGCGCCUACGCCAAGAACUACGACGCGUUCGCGCCGGACCCGACGUGGACGUGCGUGUUCUGCGGCCGGCGCACGCACGCCAGCCGGCUCGGUGACCUGUACGGGCCGUACUUCGUGCGUCGCCGCCAGGAGGCGGCCGGCACGACGGCCAAGCAGCGGCAGCGACGACGCAGCCAGCGUGAGGCGCCGGAGGCGGCGGACCCGGCGGCAGCGGCCGGCUCCGGCGCCGGCCCCAGCGCCGGCGCGGCGCACCACUUCGAGACGGCGCGGCUGGGCGACCGGCUGGAGACGUGGUUCCACGAGUCGUGCCUGGCCUGGAGCCCGCAGCUGCAGCUGGCCGCCGGCCGCGUGCAGGGCGUCGAGGAGGCUGUCACCGCCAGCCGCGCAGAGAUCUGUUCGGUGUGUCGACACGUGGGCGCCACGGUCGGCUGCCUGGGCAAGGGCUGCCGGCUGGGCUUCCACGUGCCCUGCGCCGAGGAGGCCGGAUGCCAGCUGGACGAGAGCAGCUUCACCUCCUACUGCAGCAAGCACAAGAAGCCGGACUAGCGAGGGUCGCCAGCCGACGCCCGGUCGCGUCUGCUGCACCGCCGCGAUCAGGGCGGUGGCGGUCCUCCCGGGGGCCGCCUCCCCCCCCCCCGUCCCCCCGGCAAGGCAGAUGUCGGGCCGGCUGGGGAGGGGCGGGUCAGGGGGCGCCCACCAGCGCCCACUUGGGACAGACCAGCUCGGCGGUGUUUUGUAUGCAUUAUGUUGUAUUUCCGGUUUCUAAUAAAAAGUUCAAACACCA